GAGAGGAUUCCUUAGCGAAAUAAAAAUGGCCGCUCCAAAUAAUUCGCGAGAACGCAGUGAGGUGGUCCUGCUGUGCUUUUUCCUGGGGACGCUGUGGGAGACUGGAACCGGACAGAUCCGCUACUCAGUGCCGGAAGAGACAGACAAAGGCUAUAUUGUGGGCAACAUCUCCAAGGACUUAGGGCUGAAGUCACAAGAGCUGGCGGAGCACGGAGUCCGCAUCGUCUCCAGAGGUAAGACCCAGCUCUUUGCUCUGAACGCGAAAAGUGGCAGCUUGAUAACGGCGGGCAGAGUAGACCGGGAGGAGCUCUGCGCUCAGAGCGUCCUGUGUCUUGUAAACAUUAACAUCCUGGUUGAGGAUAGAGGAAAACUUUUUGGAAUAGAAAUAGAAGUAACUGAUAUCAACGACAAUGCCCCGAAAUUCCAGGCUGAAAAUCUGGAAGUCAAAAUUAACGAAAUUGCUGCGCCUGGAACACGUUUUCCACUCCCAGAAGCGGUAGAUCCAGACGUGGGGGUGAACUCCCUCCAGAGCUACCAGCUCAGCCCCAAUCACCGCUUCUCCCUGAACAUGCAAACUGGAGACGAUGGAACUAUAAACCCAGAGCUGGUGCUGGAGCGCGCUCUGGACCGCGAGGAAGAGGCUGCUCACCACCUGGUCCUCACGGCCUCCGAUGGCGGCGACCCGCGUCGCUCCAGCACAGUGCGCAUCCACGUGACAGUGCUGGAUACAAACGACAAUGCCCCAGUUUUUGCUCAACCGGUGUACCGAGUGAAAGUCCUAGAGAAUGUGCCCCCUGGCACUCGGCUGCUAACUGUAACAGCUGCCGACCCGGAUGAGGGAACCAAUGGAAAAGUGACAUAUAAGUUCCGGAAAAUUAAUGAAAAACAAUCUCCGUUAUUCCAGCUUAAUGAAAGUACUGGGGAAAUAACAACAGCAAAAAGUCUAGACUAUGAAGAUCGUUCGUUUUAUGAAAUGGAAAUACAAGCUGAAGAUCUAGGGGCCCUUUUGGGGAGGACCAAAGUGCUCAUUUCAGUGGAAGAUGUAAAUGACAAUAGACCCGAAGUGAUCAUUACAUCUUUGUUUAACCCAGUCUUGGAAAAUUCUCUUCCUGGAGCAGUAAUUGCUUUCUUGAACGUGCAUGACCCGGACUCUGGAAAGAAUGGUCAAGUUGUCUGUUACACACCUGAUAACUUGCCUUUUAAGUUAGAAAAGGCAAUAGAUAAUUAUUAUAGAUUGGUGACCUGGAAAUACUUGGAUCGAGAAAAAGUCUCUUUGUACAAUAUCUCCGUGAUGGCCUCAGACCUGGGAGCUCCACCUCUUUCUACUGAAAUUCACAUCGCCUUGCACGUGGCAGACACCAAUGACAAUCCCCCUGCUUUCCCUCACGCCUCCUACUCAGCCUAUAUCCCAGAGAACAAUCCCAGAGGCGCCUCCAUCUUCUCAGUAACUGCACACGACCCGGAUAGCGAGGAGAACGCCCGGGUCACUUACUCCUUGACUGAAGACACCCUCCAGGGGGCGCCGCUCUCCUCCUACAUCUCCAUCAACUCCGACACUGGCGUCCUCUACGCACUCCAAUCCUUCGACUAUGAGCAGAUACGAGACUUGCAGCUACAGGUGACUGCCAGCGACAGCGGGGACCCACCACUCAGCAGCAACGUGUCGCUGAGCCUGUUCGUGCUGGACCAAAACGACAAUGCGCCCAAGAUCCUGUACCCUGCUUUUCCCACCGAUGGCUCUACUGGUGUAGAGCUGGCUCCCCGUUCGGCAGAGCCCGGCUACUUGGUGACCAAAGUAGUGGCGGUAGACCACGACGCGGGACAGAAUGCCUGGCUGUCCUACCACCUGCUCAAGGCCAGCGAUCCAGGGCUCUUCGCGGUGGGGGUGCACACGGGCGAGGUGCGCACGGCGCGGGCCCUGCAGGAUAGAGACGCGCUCAAGCAGAGCCUUGUGGUGGCCGUCCAGGACCAGGGCCAGCCCCCUCUCUCGGCCACCGUCACGCUCACGGUGGCCGUAGCUGACAGCAUCACCGACGUCCUGGCCAACCUAAGCACCUUCGAAUCUUCCGCCAACGCUGACGGCUCUGGCCUUACUUUGUACCUGGUAGUGGCUGUGGCCGUGGUCUCCUGCGUCUUCCUUGCCUUUGUCAUCGUGCUAUUUGCGCUUAGGCUGCGGAGCUGCCACAGGUCGUGUCUGUUCCAGGCUGCGGGAGGCGGGUUGGCGGGUGUGCCCGCAUCUCACUUUGUGGGCAUCGAUGGUGUACAGGCUUUCAAGCAGACCUGUUCCCACGAGGUCUCCCUCACCACAGACUCCGGGAAGAGCCACGUUAUCUUUCCUCAGCCCAAUUACGCGGACACGCUCAUCAUCCAAGAGAGCUGUGAGAAAAAGGAUCCCAUAUCAACAUUCAUAGAUUUUCAUGAAUGUAAGGAUGAAGGCGCUAGUGUUCAGGUGAGUUCAGUUCUUUAUUUUUAUUUUUAGAGGAAUUAUAUUUGGUACAACUUUAUGUGUCUUCAAACAAGCAAUGUGAAGAUAAAACCAAAAAACCAAAUCCACUGCUGUGGAGUCAAUUCCGACUCAUAGUGA